AAACAAAACCCUUUUUUCUUUCGCAAUCUCAUAUUCUCACCUUACAACCAGAGCAAGACUGUAACCCUAGCUCACAAUCCCCUAUCUAUUGGUCCUUCCUUCACUGACACCGUCUCAAUUCUAAAACCCUAGUCAAGCUUAAGAAGAUCUCACUUGUCUUCUUCGACUUCAAUCUAAUAAGGUGUUGCUUUGUUCUGUAUUCAGGCUGUCUGGUACUGUGAUUAUUGGGAAGAUAUACAAGUUAGUGGUGAAGGGCUUUGUAUUUCAGAAUUAGAAUUUUAGUAAGCGGGAAUGGGGAAAAAGAAGCCUUCGAACCGUGACGACGAGAACCCUUCUGUACCACAGGGUGGAGCCUCUAAAUCUAAGAAAAAAAAGCAUGUCAUAGAAGAUGACGAGUAUUCUAUUGGUACAGAGUUGUCUGAGGAGCCUCAGAAAAAUGAAGAAGAAUCCGUGGCGAUUGUAGGAAAGAAGAAAGGAAAAAAAGGAGAAGCCAAGGCAGCAAAGCUUAAAGAAGAAGAUGAAGGCAAAGUUUCUGAACAAGAUGAAGAUGAUGUUCCUGCAAUUGUUUUUACUGGUAAAAAGAAGUCAAAAUCCAAGAAGACUGUUAGCGGUUUUAGCUCCUCGGCUUUUGAUCUCCUCAACGAAGACAAUAUAGAUGAUGAUGAAGAACCUUCUGUAGAUGGUGACAAUGAGAAGGAUAGUGUGAAAAAGGAUGGUGAUGAAGAACCUCCUGUAAUUGCUUUCACUGGCAAAAAGAAGUCUUCAAAAUCUUCUAAAAAGGGGAACAGUAGCUUGUUUGCCUCAUCUAGUUUUGAUAUCCUAGAUGAAGGGGACGCCGAGACUAAAGAAGAAAGUAAACUAGACGAGGAAGAUGAGCCUGUGAUUUCUUUCACUGGUAAGAAGAAGUCUUCGAAAUCAUCAAAGAAGAGCAGCAACUUAUUUUCAGCAGCACUCCUCGAUGAAGAUGACAACACCACUAAUAGUUUAGGUGAUGAUGCCAUUGUGGAAGACGAAGAUGUCCCAGCUAUUACUUUUUCUGGUAAGAAGAAGUCUUCGAAGUCCAAGAAGAACAAUGGGUCAUUAGUAAAUGAACUCAGCUCCAGUGCUGGCAUUGGAGAAGAUAAUACUGAAACGGAGCAGCAUUCCCUUAAAGAUGAUACACGUGAAGCUGAUGUCAAAGCUAGUGUUAAAUUAAGUGAUGUGCCCCCUGCUGAGACCUCCAAAAGUAAAAAGAAGAAAAAAAAGAGUGGAAGAACUGCCCAGGAGGAAGAUGACCUGGACAAAAUUCUUGCUGAGCUCGGUGAGGCUCCCGCUAUUCCAAAACCUACUGCUCCUCUUCCGAUAGAAGAAAAUGUUAAAGUUCAGCCUGAGCCAGUUGGCUCAGUUGAUGCUACAGGUGAGGAGAAGGAAGCAGAGGCAGAUACUGGGGAAUCUGCAGCAGCAAAGAAGAAGAAAAAAAAGAAGGAGAAGGAAAAGGAGAAGAAGGCAGCUGCUGCAUCUGCAGUCGAAUCAAAACAGGAGGAAACAAAGAGUAAAAAGCCUGAUAAGAAGCUCCCAAAGCAUGUUAUAGAAAUGCAGGAGGCUUUGCAAAGGCGCAAAGAACUUGAAGAGAGAAUGAGGAGGGAAGAGGAAGAGAAAGAAAGGAGGGAGGAAGAAGAGCGCCUCAGACAAGAGGAACUCGAGAAACAAGCAGAAGAAGCCAAGCGAAGGAAAAAGGAAAAAGAAAAAGAGAAGAUGCUGAAGAAAAAACAAGAGGGGAAGCUUUUAACUGCUAAGCAGAAAGAAGAAGCUCGUCGACUUGAAAUAAUGAGAAAUCAGUUUCUUGCAAAGGGUGUACUUCCUCCAUCAGAAGGUGGCGCUGCUACAAAGAGGCCAAAAUACCAAACAAAGAAGUCUAAGCCAGCUCCUGCGAAAGCAAAUGAGGCGUCUACUUCAAACAGUGUGGACAACUCAGGGAUGAAGGAAGACAAGGUGGAAGUUGUCAAUGAAAUUGAUGCAGUCGAAGUGAAGGAUAUUGGAGAAGUAGACUCAACUGUGGCUGAUACUGCCAAAGAAGUGGAAGUUAAGCAUGAGAAUGAAGAUAAAGCAUCUGAAGAAGAGGAAGUGGAAGAGGAUUGGGACGCUAAGAUCUGGGAUGAUGCUGAUGUCCAAAUCCCAGUCAAGAGUGCAUUUGAUGAAGAGGUCGAUGAUGAAAUUGAGCCCGUGGCUGUGGUGAUGAAAGAAACCAAGCGUCCUACAUCACCAGAUUCUGGUGCCACAGAGAAACCAUCUACUGCUUCUGGUAAAGGUGUUCCUGAACCCUUAAAAUCCGAAGAUGAUAAUAGUGAUGACGACAAUGGUCCAUCAGUUGAUGUUGUGGACAAGAAUAGGAGGAAGGAUGCCGCAGCUAAACGCGAAGCACGGACUAAGGAGGCACUUUCGAAAAGGAGUGAAGAUAAUCUACGUUCUCCAAUAUGCUGUAUUAUGGGACAUGUUGAUACUGGUAAAACAAAGCUACUAGAUUGCAUCCGAGGAACUAAUGUCCAGGAAGGCGAGGCUGGAGGAAUUACACAGCAAAUUGGGGCUACCUAUUUUCCUGCCGAGAACAUAAGAGAGAGAACGCGGGAGUUAAAAGCAGAUGCGAAGUUGAGGGUCCCUGGUCUUUUGGUUAUUGAUACGCCAGGACACGAAUCCUUUACGAACUUGCGUUCACGAGGGUCUGGUUUGUGUGAUAUUGCAAUAUUGGUUGUUGACAUCAUGCACGGAUUGGAACCACAGACUAUUGAAUCCCUGAAUCUUCUGAAAAUGCGGAACACAGAGUUCAUAGUUGCACUGAACAAGGUCGACAGAUUAUAUGGUUGGAAAACUUGCAAGAAUGCGCCAAUUGUCAAAGCUAUGAAGAUGCAAUCUAAGGAUGUGCAGAUGGAAUUCCAAUCGAGGCUCACACAGAUCAUAACGGAGUUUAAGGAGCAGGGUCUGAAUUCCGAGUUGUACUACAAAAAUAAAGAAAUGGGAGAAACCUAUAGUAUUGUUCCAACAAGUGCAAUCAGUGGUGAAGGAAUUCCGGAUAUGCUGUUAUUAUUGGUUCAGUGGACUCAGAAAACUAUGGUGGAGAAACUUAUGUUUACCAAUGAAAUUCAGUGCACAGUGUUGGAGGUUAAGGUUAUUGAAGGUCUGGGGACAACUAUUGAUGUUGUACUAGUAAAUGGGGUGCUUCACGAGGGUGAUCAAAUUGUGGUUUGUGGCAUGCAGGGACCGAUUGUUACUACUAUACGUGCAUUACUCACACCUCAUCCAAUGAAGGAGUUAAGGAUAAAGGGAUCUUACGUCCAUCACAAAGAACUCAAAGCAGCACAGGGUGUGAAAAUCACCGCUCAGGGCCUUGAGCAUGCUAUUGCAGGCACUGGUCUGUACGUGGUGGGUCCUGAUGACGAUGUGGAAGACAUCAAAGAAGCAACAAUGCAGGACAUGAAGACCGUCAUGAGCAGGAUAGACAAGAGUGGGGAAGGUGUUUGUGUUCAAGCGUCGACCCUUGGAUCAUUGGAGGCGUUGCUGGAAUUUUUGAAGAGUCCAGCUGUCAAUAUACCUGUCAGUGGUAUAAGUAUAGGUCCGGUACACAAGAGAGAUGUCAUGAGGGCUAGUGUCAUGCUUGAGAGGAAGAAGGAAUAUGCCACCAUCUUGGCAUUUGAUGUCAAAGUGACACCCGAAGCUCGCGAGCUUGCAGAAGAGAGCGGUGUAAAAAUAUUCAUUGCUGAUAUCAUUUAUCACUUGUUUGAUCAGUUCAAAGCUUAUAUUGACAAUCUUAAGGAAGAAAAGAAGAAAGAUGCUGCCGAGGAAGCUGUUUUUCCUUGUCUUCUCCAGAUUAUGCCGAAUUGUGUUUUUAACAAGAAGGACCCAAUUGUUUUGGGCGUGGAUAUUCUGGAAGGCAUCCUUAAGAUUGGCACUCCGAUCUGCAUUCCAUCAAGGGAUUUUAUUGAUAUUGGCCGGAUAGCGUCUAUAGAAAUUAACCACAAGCAAGUUGAUACUGCCAAGAAAGGGCAGAAGGUUGCCAUAAAGAUAGCUAGCGGCAAUCCUGAGGAGCAGCAGAAGAUGUUCGGCAGGCAUUUUGAAAUGGAGGAUGAGCUUGUUAGCCACAUAACCAGAAAGUCCAUAGAUAUUUUGAAAGCCAACUAUCGGGAAGAUCUGUCUAUUGAUGAAUGGAGAUUGGUUGUGAAACUUAAAAGGCUCUUCGACAUACAAUAGUAAAAUUGCAGAUCUGUUUCUGUAACUCUAUGACGAAUGCGGCCCUUAGAGAGGGCUACCCUUGGAGACUGGUUGUGUAAUUGAAAAUGCUCUUUGACAUAGAGCAAGUUGUAAAAUUGCAGAUCUGAUUCUGUAGCACUAUGGUAAGUGCCACCACAGAGAGGAGAGGGCUACCCCUGGCGGGGGUAGAUUUUGUGAAGAAGGUUUAAUCUAUAGAUAAUUUUGUUUAGUGGUCUUUUACCCUGUCAUAAUUUUGACAUGUGUAUUAAAGUAGCUGUAAAACAAAAUAAAGUUUUGAAGUUUUGAGUUUGAAUAAUUGAAUUCCUGAAGUGUUCAAGAGUUGUCGAAUUUUGACA